AUGAAUCCAAUUAUUCCAGGAUUCGCCCCAGACCCUUCUGCGGUCCGUGUCGGGGAUACAUACUUCCUUGUCAACUCCAGCUUUCAUAUCUUCCCCGGCCUACCCAUCUAUGCGAGUAAAGAUCUUGUCUCAUGGAAGCAUAUUGGGAAUGCCCUAAACAGGCAGAGUCAACUCAGUCUCGCGUUGAGUUCGACAAGAUUGAAUUCAGAGGAUGGUGGAGGCGACUUGAUGUGUGCAACUGGCGGACUCUAUGCUCCUACGAUCAGACACCAUGAUGAUAUAUUCUACGUGAUCUGUACGAAUGUGAUUCAUGUUAGCGAACACGAUGGCACGCACCAGAACUUCAUCAUCUCGACAGCAGAUAUCUGGAGCAAUCAAUGGAGUGAUCCUGUCUUUUUCGAUUUCGACGGAAUUGACACUAGUAUUUUGUGGGAUGAUGAUGGUCGCUCAUACAUGCACGGCUCUGCCGCGCCAGGACCCAUGACCACCAUUAAGCUAUUUGCAAUCGACGUCAAGACGGGGAAGAAGCUCUCCGAUGAGAAGAUAAUCUGGAGGGGCACCGGUGGUAUCUGGCCGGAAGGCCCGUAUAUAUAUAAAACCAAUGAUGGAUGGCACUAUCUAGUCAUCUCCGAAGGGGGCACUUUUGAAGAUCAUAUGAUCACUGUCGCGCGCUCAAAAUCCAUCUGGGGGCCGUACGAAGCAAACCCUGGCAAUCCUAUUCUCACAGCUCGCGGCACAGAUGAAUACGUACAGCACACCGGUCACAGUGACAUAUUUCAGGAUUUGCAAGGCAAUUGGUGGGCAGUUUGUCUUGGUGUUCGAAAGGACCAGUCGAAACGCUAUGUCAUGGGAAGAGAGACAUUUCUCACCCCUAUUGAGUGGCCGCCGGAAAUUUGGCCAACAAUCAGCCAGGUCAAAAUAAGCUUGCUAUCAGAUCUCCCAAAUACUACAUUGCCUGACACCGCAUCGAGCCUUAGUGUAAUACCUGGCAUGGACUGGUGCUACAUUCGAGAUGCAGACCUUACCAUGCACAGCAUCAACGAAAAUGGCAAGGACGUUGUACUCACACCAAGCGAAUACGACUUGUGUCAGGCAAGUCCUGAUAGCCGGGUCACAUUCUUGGGCAAGCGCCAGCGCCAGCUCAAAGGCCAUUCUCAAGUCGCCAUUCAAUCCGUCUCGGUAGGCACCCAAGUCAAUGCAGGUCUAUGCGUUUAUAAAGACGAACACAGAUUUGCGCGGAUCUAUCUAAAUUUUGAAACAUCGGCUAUCGUGUUCGAAUUUGUCAACAAAGCCAAGUCGAUAACUAGGAGCAAGAAGAUCACGAUCGACUUGAAAGAAGGCGAUGCUGCCGCUACAGGGUUUAGAUUAGAGUACCUUGAGUCAUCUUACAAAUUCGCAUAUCGUCUCGAACGGGAUUCUCAAUGGAUUGAUUUCGGGGACCUUGAUACGCUAGAAUUGACCGGCCAUGAUUUUGUAGGGCCUAUCGUGGGAAUAUUCGCCUUCACAAAGGAUGCGAACAGAAGGGCAAAUGUUAAUUUUAAGAUGUUGGAAAUUGAGUGA